AUGGUGGAAAUGUUGAAGAUUGUGUUCAUUGUUUCAGUUUUGAUAUGUCUUAUAAUAUCAUCUUCAUUUGCUGAUCAGCAAGCCUGUAGCAAAUAUUCCUUCUCUGAUAACCGUCGGUUUGCCUCGUGUAUUGAUCUUCCUGUGUUGGACUCUUUCAUACAUUACAAUUAUGAAUCUUCAUCUGGGAAUCUUGAUGUUGCGUUCAGGAAGACGGGGAUUUCGACUCCCACUUGGAUAGCUUGGGCUAUUAAUCCUGCAGCAACCGGCAUGGUUGGUUCUCAGGCUCUGGUAGCCUACCAAAAAGCUGAUGGAAAAAUGAAGGCUUAUACUUCGCCAAUUACUUCAUAUAAAACAAGUUUGGAAGAGGGGAAGCUCAGUUUCGGGGUCUCUGAUUUGACUGCAACUUUUGCCAAGAACGAGAUGACCAUUUUUGCCACAUUGACGCUUGGUGAAGGCAACACUACUGUGAAUCAAGUUUGGCAGGAGGGCCCUCUUUCGGAUGAUGCUCCUGAAAUGCAUAGCACAAGUGGUGGCAAUGUUCAAUCCAUGGGGAAAUUGAAUCUUCUUUCUGGUACUGCUUCAUCUUCUGGUGCAGGAAACUCGAAAUCAACAGGCCGUAAUAUUCAUGGGAUCCUGAAUGCAGUUAGUUGGGGCAUUAUGAUGCCAACUGGGGCUAUUUUAGCAAGGUACUUGAAGGUGUUUAAAUCUUCUAUAGGGCCUCUCUGGUUUAACCUUCAUGUUGGUUGCCAAGCAUCAGCAUAUGUUAUUGGCGUUGCCGGGGUAGGAACUGGCCUCAAACUCGGAGCUGAAUCUCCUGGAGUUGAAUAUUCAACUCAUAGGAAAAUUGGCAUAACGCUCCUCUGCCUUGGAACACUUCAGGCAUUUGCACUGCUUCUUAGGCCAAAACCAGAUCACAAAUACAGGAUUUUCUGGAAUUUCUAUCACCACUCAUGUGGAUACACAGCCAUAAUUCUGGGUGUGGUUAACAUAUACAAAGGAUUCCAAAUCUUGCAACCAGGGGGUCCCUGGAAGCAAGCUUACACUGGAAUUAUAAUAGCUUUGGCUGCUACAGCUGUGGUGUUGGAAGUUUUCACGUUGUUUAUAGUGAUCAAGAGAAAAAGGGAAGAGAAUUCUGACAAGAUAUAAAACAAGUUUGCCCUAUGUAUUUAUUUUCUUUUUCACAGGUGCUUUUCUUGUUUCAUAGAGCAGGCCCUGGCAGGACUAGUUGUGCAUGGAAAUUAUAUGUUGUUGCUUUUAAAUCCAUGUAUCAGUUCAUUGUAUUAUUAUCUUAUAGCGAUCAUGUUUUCAUAAGGGCAUUGUACAGUAUAGACUUUCAUCUCUAUUAUUUUAUCCCCUCUAAUAUCUAACUUUCCAUUUGUACCGUUGGUUUUACAGUGAAAUAAAAUACAAAA